GGAAACUGUCUAUGGAGCUUACAGAAGCUGAUGAGGUAUCUAUAAAAGGAAAAAGUGAAGAAGUGCUUCUGCCUCCUUCUGGUCCUGUCAGUGGGAUGACAGAAUGUACACCGGCCAAACAAAUGGAGACAAAACACAUAGAUGAAGUUUCCUGUCGCCUUUAUAAAGUCCUGUACGGAUAUGAUGCUGAUCAGGUGGAUUCUGAUAGUGAGGAUGUGUCUGUCUUGCCUAUGACUUCAUCUCUCGAUGUCACAAUUCAAGAAGUGAGGAAAGAUGAGGUUCAGGGAGCUGCUAGCUACAUAAAGGCAGAUCAAGGUGUUUUUGACUCUGUGGGUGAGGUUGAUGUUUGCCAGGGCUCAAUUUCAGGUGAUUUUGAUGUCAAAUCCACUCAGACAGUGACAGAUCCUUCUGAUAUGAGUCAUGAAAUUCCAGAUUUAAUGUCUCAAAACCCAGAAUUUAUGACCUCUGCAGCCGUCAUUCAGGUUUCCCCUGGCUCAGCUUUUGAGAGGGUAGUUGUUCAUUCAGUAGAUGAUGCUCUGUCAGUUGUACCCAGUACUGAGGACAACAUUGUUCCAGUUGCUGAAUUUGAAGCGCCUGAGUAUCUCGUCUGUUCAGCUGAAUCAGUAUCUGAAAUCAUUUGUGACCUUGAAAGCUCAGUUCAGGAUCGAUCAUCCUCACCUGAAUGUGCUACUGAUGCAGCAGUAUUACUAACAGAGAGUCGGGCCUCGUCACCUGAUUCAGUGUUGUCAGCAAAUGAGCUCCAUUUCCUUGCAGCUGAUUCCCCAGUACCUCAGUUUAGGCCCUUGUCCCCUCUUCCACCACCUGUUUUUCCGUGGGAACCCAGUGAUGUUGGGGUGUCUUACCAGAAACUCCCAUUGCUAAGUGCGAUAAGAGGCUCUCCUUUGCUGUUAAAAUCAGAAGCAGAGGAAAGGCCAUUAACACCAAUGGUUUCAAACAGAAGACCAUUUGGAAGACCAUUGUCACCAGGCAGUGACUAUAGUGGCGAUAGAUCCAUCUCACCUCAGUCAUUAACUUUUGACAUAGAAGACAGAGCAUCAUCACCUGAGUCUGUCAUUAUAGAAUCAGUUCACUGGCUUUUUACAUCUUCUGGGCACAUGUCUCCUGACUUUCAUGAGAUACGAUCAUGGUCCCCUGAAUCUGCAGGAUCCACCACUGCAUGGUGUCCACCAGACUCUCCUGUCCCAGAAUUUACGCAACCCUUCUUGGAUCCUUUGACAACUUUUGAAUACAGAACGUCAUCGCCUGAAUCGGCAUCAACAGAUGUGGAUUUUGAAGUAGCGCUUUUAUCAAUGGUUUGUGAAGACAGGCCUUCAUCUCCUCAAUCUGUAGGAUCUGUGGAUGAAUAUAAAGCACUGUCACCUGAUUCACCCAUACCAGAAUUCAUUCACAACUGGCCUGACUCGGCGAUCUUAACAGUAGGAGAAAGAUCCAGUUCUCCCGAGUCAGUGUGCUCAGAUGUAGAAUAUGAUUCUGUGUGUCCAUUUAAUCAUGAAGACAGACCUUCAUCACCUGCUUCAAUUGCAUCUGGAGAUGAAUCAAUUUUAUCUGUAAGUGAACAUAAAGAAUCAUUCCCUAAAUACAUUGAAUCUGCAGAGAUGGUCAGUGUUACUCAACCUGCUGAUUACAGACCAAACUCUCCAGUAUUUGACACAGAAAGCAAACCACCAUCACCAGUGGAAGUAGAAUCUGAGAAUGAUGAUGGCUGGGUUAUUAUUUCUCCAUCUGACAUUGAGGAUAGACCACUUUCUGCAGACUCAGUGUCCGAUUACAGACCGAUGUCACCACAGUCGGUGAUGUUGGACAUUAGAACAUCCUCUCCUGAGUCAGAAACAUUAAAUGAGCGUCUGUCCCCAGAUUCUCCCAUACCACAAUAUGUGUCAUCGGUGCAUCAUCCUGUUAGUUUCAUUUACCACUCAUCAUCACCAGAGUCUGUGCUAUCAGAUACAGAGUAUGAGGCCAUGCCGCUGCUAUCAUAUUUUGAGAAUAGGCCAUUAUCUCCUGACUCUGGUGGUUCUGUAAGUGAUUAUGGACCAUUGCGAAGUCCUGAAACAGACCUACUUUCACACAAAGAGUUGAUAAAUGAACCAACACAAGCUACAGUUGUUGUCGAGGAAGCAGGUGUUGAAAAGUUUGAAACAACAACACAUGUAGCUGUUGAUGUAGAGAAAACAGGAGAAAGAAAUUUAACCUGUAUUUCAACAAAAUCUGUAGAGGAAACUGAAGGAAAAUCAGUGGUGAAAAAAGACAAUUCUGUAAGACAGAAGACUGAAAGUAUUAAAAGAAAAAGUCUAAGAAAGUAGUCAAAACUGGUUUGCAGACUAUCACAAAAUAUCCUGAAGAAUCAUCAGACUUUAUAGCUCAAACACAUGAAGAAACACAAGCAUUUGAUCAAACGUUGUCACCUCCUUUGUCACCUGAAACAGGAUCUGAGGAUCAAAAAUUAUCACUGGCAUCAUCCACACAUGUCCCUAUAGAUCAGGAAAUAAUUGGAGAGUCUUCAGCUGUCAGACUUGAGCAUCAAUUACCUUUAUCUUUACCACAACAUUCUGGCUACACUUUAGUUUAUGAUGGAGAAGUUUGGAAGCUCAUCUCUCAAAUUCACGACCCACAGUAUGUAGGAGAAACCUUCAUGGGUAAAAUAGGAAAUUUUCAGUUAAAUGGAACAGGGACAGAAUCUUAUCUGGCAAAUUCAGAGGAGACAGUUGAAGACAAAUCUGCUGCUUUGCAAUCACAAAUGUACCAAAGAUCACUUUCACUUGAUUCCGAAGCAGAAUAUAGACCAAUGUCACCAGAAUCACUAAUGCUGCUGGACCAACUUAGACCAGAUUCCUCCCUCUCAGGGAGGUCUGUAGAAAGUCAGCGAGCUUUAACACCAGAUUCCCCUGUUCCUCAGUACAGUUCCUAUUUCUGUGAACCCUCUAAAGUUUUUAAUAAAUCAGUGUCAACAGAGUCACUAUUGUCAGAUCUGGAACUGGAGACUGAUUUACACAUUUCACUGCUUUUUGAUGUCAGACCACCAUCUCCUGAUUCAAUAUCAUCUUUAAACAUCUACAGGGAACUAUCACCCGAUUCACCUGUUCCCCAGUUUGGACAGUCUUUACCAGAACCUGUUGUAAAUGCUAAACAGGAGUGGUCCUCAUCAUUUGAUUCAGUUGACUCAGAGGUAGAAUAUGGCUUUGACUCUUUGGUAUCAUUAUUCAGUGAGAACAGACCACCAUCUGCAAAUUCCAUCAAUGAAAACAGGUCACUUUCACCUGAGUCACCCAUUCCAGACUUUGGACAGGUUUUACCAGAAUUUUCAGUUUUGUCCACACUGGAAAGAUCCUCAUCACAAGGUUCAGUUUGCUCAGAUAUUGAAUAUGGGGCUGCGUCAGUGUACUCUGAAGUGAGACCAUGGUCACCUGAUUCUAUAGCUUCUGGAGAUGACUACAGAGUUGAUUCACCGAUACCUGAAUUCCAAACAUGGAUUACUGCAUCAGCUUCUGUUAUUCCACAUAGAUCAUCAUCUCCUGAGUCAGUGAUUUCAGAUGUUGAAUAUGCGCAGUCAAGUGACUUAAGUAUUUCUGAAGAGAGAGCUGACUCACCAGAAUCUCAAGUAUCGGAGACCACCAAGAGACAGUUGGGUGGUAGUAGUGAACAUCUGAAGGCAAUUAGGGUGCCAGUCCAUAGGCUUGUUUAUGAUGUUGAACUUUGGAAGCUCAUUUCUCAAAUACAUGAUCCUCACUAUGUUGGGGAGACAUUCUGCAGUAAAACAGGGGUUUUUGAAUAUGCUGGAACACGAAUUGAGUAUGUUCUGGCAGAUUCGGAUACAAAAGACAGGAAGUCCAAGGAUAGUGUGAAGGUGGACAGUCCAGAUGUAGAGGGAGAAGAAAGACCAUUGUCCCCAGACUCUGAGUCAGAAUACAGGCCUUUAUCACCUGGGGAGAUUGCAUUAUCAUCUGCUCUCAGGUCUCAUUCUCCAGACUCUUUGAAAGACUUGUGUCCAGAUUCCCCAGUUCCCCAUUUUUCCAGUGACUUCAUUAACAUUUCACAAUCUCGGCCAUAUUCACCAGAAUCAUCUGUGUCCAAUGAAGAAUCAGACCUUUGUAUUGUUGGACUUUUCAAUGAAAGCAGACCUUCAUCACCUAGUUCAGUAAUAUCUCUAGAUGAAAACAGAGCACUAUCACCUGACUCACCCUUACCAGACUUCAAACCUGCUGUACCUGAAUCAGUUACAGGUGUCUUUGAGUACAGAUCCUCCUCACCAGAGUCCGUGUUUUCAGAUGUUGAAUAUGGCUUUUCAACUUCAGUGUUUUUCACAGAACAGAGAGCAGACUCUCCUGAAUCUGUUGUUUUCAUGCCUGAAUCAAAGCAAUUAGCAGAUGGUGCAAAAUUUAGAGCAAAGCAGCUGAUAUGCCAGCUAUAUGACCCUCAUUAUGUAGGAGAAGUGAGCAAGGAUGAAGUGUUUGACACAAGUUCUGAAAUUGUUCCACUUGAUUCAUAUCUUGAAGAGUCAUCAGGCUUUAUCAACACAAAAUCCUGCAUUCAAGAUCAACCAGAUUAUACUUAUUCAGUGACAUCAGAAACUGAAAUGAGACCGCUUUCACCAGAAUCACUGAUGGAAUACAGACCUAUGUCACCCGACUCCCUGAUGUUAUUGAGAGAAAUAAGGACAUCCUCUCCUGAUUCAACAACAUCCAUUAACGAGUUUAGAGCUCUAUCUUCAGACUCUCCUCUACCACAGUUUAUCCAAAAUGUACAACCAGCUGUGUUAGUUUCAGAGAGCAGGCCAUCAUCUUCUACAUCUCUCAUGUCAGACACUGAACUGGAAGCUUUGGACAUGCCAUUUAUUGAGGUGGAAGGAAGAUCUUUCACAUCUGAUUCUGAAAAUGAGUUCAGGGCACUUUCGCCUGAUUCACCCAUACUAGAAUUCGGACAGUUGGCACUUCACCUUCCAAAUGUUUUGACUGCUACAUGCAGAUCCACUUCCCCUGAGUCAGUUAGUAUUUCUGAUAUAGAAUAUGAAGACGGAUUAUUUGCAUCAGCGUCAGAUGAGCAGCGACCUCAAUCACUCGAUUCAUUACCCAGAGAUGGAGAUGACCACUGGGCCCUGUCACCGGAUUCACCUGUUCCUCAAUUCAUAGCAAGAACAGUUGAGCGUUUCCCAUCAUUUGUUGAGUUUAAAUCAGCUGUUCCCAAAUCAGCUACAUCAGAUGUUAAAUAUUUACCUUUGAUUUAUUCCCCACCUGAUACUGAAGAUAGACAAGUUACUCCAAAGUCAUCAGAACCAGAGGUUGAAGAGAGACCUUGGUCACCUGAUUCUGAAUCAGACUAUAGAUCUUACUCACCUGCAUCACUAAUGUUAAUGUCAAAUUUCAGAUCGUCCUCUCCUGAAUCAAACGGCUCUGUAAAUGAAUUCAGAGCACUUUCACCAGAUUCUCCGAUUCCAGAGUUCAGACAUGUGCUACAAGAGUCCAUAAACACAUACAUGGAACACAGGUCCUGUUCACCAGAGUCAGUGUCAUCGGAUUUAGAUGUUGAUAUAAAAUGUGUGAUGAUGUUGUUCGAGGACCGACCUUCAUCGCCUGAGUCUUUAGCUUCAGCCAGUGCAUACAAAAGAUUCUCACCUGAUUCUCCCAUACCUGAGUUGAGACUAUCUUUUCCAGUUUCUUAUAUUACUGCCAGUGGUUACAGGUCAUCAUCCCCUGAAUCAGUUGCAUCAGAUGUGGAAUUUGCUCCAUUAAUUUCUCAGUUGUUUGAAGCUGAAGAGAGACCACUUUCUCCACAGUCAGUCUGCUCUCUAGAUGAAUACCAAAAUUUGUCUCCAGACUCGCCAAUACCCCAGUACAAGCAUAUUGAACCUGGCAGGCUGACAGUAACACAUAGAUCCACAUCACCUGAAUCAGUAUAUUCAGAUGAGGAUUUAGAUACAGAUUUGUGUAUGCCUUGGCUUUUUGAGCGGAGAGCAGAAUCUCCUGAUUCAGAUGGAUUCAAACAUGAAUUUAGACCUCUUUCAUCAGAUUCCCCCAUUCCUCAGUUCACUCAAGCACUACGAGGGCCCUCCAUGUCACUUGUAACUUUAAGGUCCUCUUCACCAGAAUCAGGGUUGUCAGACUUGGAAAUAGAAUUGUCUUCCCCAAUCUUCACAGAAGACCGCCCUUCAUCUCCUGAGUCAUUAACGUCCUUUAGUCAGUACAAACUUUCUCCAGAUUCCCCUGUACCCGACUUCAGACAGCCUCUCCUGGAGACUUGCGUUGAGUUGAGUGCUUCCAGGUUAUCGACACCUGAUUCAGAGUUUUCAGAUAUAGAAUAUGCACCUUUGAUUUCACAGAUAUUUUAUUUUGAGGAAAGAACAGAAUCCCGUCAAUCAGGGGCGUCUGACUCUGAUCUUAGAUGUUUGUCUCCUGACUCUCCACUUCCUGAGUACACUAUGAAUGCAUCUGCUGUUUUAGAUGUAAGAUACAGAUGUACAUCGCCUCAAUCAGUAUUUUCAGACGAAGACUUAGAAACAGAUUUGUGUAUCCCUUGGCUUUUUGAGGACAGAGCAGAAUCUCCUGAUUCAAUGGAAUCCAAAGAAACAUUCCGACUUCUUUCACCAGACUCACCCAUUCCUCAGUUUACACAGGCCCUGCAAGAGUCCUUCAUAUCACAUUUGACCUCAAGGUCCUCUUCACCUCAAUCAGAGGCUUCAGAAAUUGAAUAUGCUCCCUUGAUUUCACAAAUAUUUGAUAUUGAGGACAGAGCAGAAUCCCGUCAAUCAGGAGCGUCCGACUCUGAUCUUAGAUGUUUGUCUCCUGACUCCCCACUUCCUGAGUACACGAUGAAUGCACCUACUAUGUUCGAUGUAAGGUACAGAUCUACAUCACCGGAAUCAAUUUAUUCAGAUGAAGACUUAGAGGCAGAUUUGAGUAUCCCUUGGCUUUUCGAGGACAGAGCAGAAUCUCCUGAUUCAGUGGAAUCUAAAGAUCAACUUAGACCUCUUUCGCCAGACUCCCCCAUUCCUCAUUUUGCACAGGCACUGCAUGAGUCCGUCAUAUCACAUAUGAGCUCGAGGUCCUCUUCCCGUGAAUCAGCGUUUUCAGAUCUGGAAAUGGAAUUACCCUGCCUCCUGGUUACAGAAGGCCGCCCUUCAUCUCCUGAGUCCUUGACAUCUGUCAGUAAAUGCACAAGACUUUCCCCUGAUUCUCCUAUCCCAGACUUCAGACAGGCUCUACAGGGGCCAUAUGUUGAGUUCAGUGCUUCCAGGUUAUCAUCACCAGAUUCAGAGACUUCAGAAAUAGAAUAUGCUCCUUUGAUUUCACACAUAUUUGAUAUUGAGGAAAGAGCAGAAUCCCAUCAAUCGUGGGCAUCUGACUCUGAUCUAAGAUGUUUGUCUCCUGACUCUCCACUCCCUCAGUACACUAUGAAAGCACCCACGAUGUUAGAUUUAAGAUGCAUAUCUACAUCACCUGAAUUAAUCUAUUCCAAUGAAGACUUAGAGGCAGAUUUGUGGAUCCCGUGGCUUUUUGAGGACAGAGCAGAAUCUCCUGAUUCAAUUCCAUCCAAAGAUGAAUUUAGACAUCUUUCACCAGACUCGCCCAUUCCUCAGUUUGCACUACAUGAGUCCACUAUAUCUCACAUGACCUUAAGGACCACAUCCCCUGACUCAGUAUCUUCAGAUUUGGAAAUGGACUUAGCUUACCCAACCUUCUUGGAAAGCAGACCUUCUUCUCCUGAAUCGCUUGCAUCAAUCAGACUGUCUCCUGAGUCACCUCUGCCUGACUUUGUUCAACCAGUGUUUGAAUUACCUGAAAGUAUUGUUGGAUAUAGGUCAACGUCCCCAGAGUCAGCAUGUUCAGAUGUUGAAUACUUCGUAAUAAGCUUAGGAUCACUAGUUUAUGACAAGAGAUACUCUUCACCUGGAUCAGAAACAUCUUUAGAUGAAUACCAGGCUCUGCCACCAGACUCACCCAUACCUGAAUACAGACCAGCAGUGCCAGAACGUGUUAUUGUAAAUGCUGGGUAUCGAUCUCCCUCUCCUGAAUCUAUUGAAUCAGACAUUGAGUAUGCUUUGAGUGAGGUUUUGAUGUCCAUGAGGUUUGGUGAUGACGAUAGACCAGAUUCUCCUGAAUCAAUUGAGUCAGACAUACAAGAGAGGCCGCUCUCAGCUGAGUCCAUACCAGAAUACAAACCCAUGUCACCGGUGGAAUUGAUGAUACUUGAAAACAUUAGGUCAGAUUCUCCAGAAUCUACUCAGUCACUUGAUGAACACAAGAGGUUGUCUCCAGACUCACCUCUUCCUUGGUAUACUCGAAAUGUUCUUGAUGCUGCACCAGCAGGCACACAUUAUGGGACGUCGUCCCCUGAACUGUCAGAUGUGGAAGAUGAUUUGGCAUUUUCUCCGUCAUUUGACGUAGAUGUCACUGACAAGAGAUCGCUGUCUCCUCAAUCAGAAAGAUCAAAUGAUGAACCUGAGUCCCCAAUACCAGAUUUUACAAAGACUUUGGUGGAAAAUGUUGUGACUCUAAGAAACAUAUCACCUACUGAAUUUUCAGAUUCUGAUGAUUUAUCGCAAACUUCCAUUCCGUUUUGUCCAGAGGAGAGAUCUACUUCACCAGAAUCUAUUGAAUCAGAUAUGAAAGAAAUACUGGAAUUCAAAACAACCACUGAUAGUACGGUUUUAUCAUCAACAGAGCCAGGCUCAUCUGAGGAAUCGGCCAUUAUGAUCGCUGAAUAUAAUCUUGUUUAUGAUGCUGAGCUAUGGAAACUGAUUUCUCAAGUAAAUGAUUCUCAGUAUGCAGGAGAAACCUUCAGCAGUAAAACAGGAUUUGUGCAAUUUAUUAGCAGUACAAUAGAAUAUGAGAGGAAAGAACCAGAGACUGAACAGGAUAAUGCAGUAAAAGAUAAGAACAAGGAAGAUGCCACUGCCAAAGUACAACAUUCAGAGGUGACACGCCAAUUCACUAUGACAGAUACAGAAAAUGUACAAGUCAUAUCUGACAAACCCAUUUCACAGUCACCUCCACCAAUACUUGAACACAGUUUGUCUUCAGGAGCAGCUCCAUACAGACAGACAAAAUACACAUUUGAAAUACCUGGUCCUGAAGCACAAAUAGAGUCUGAUGAUGAUUGGGUGGUUAUAUCUGACAUAGAGGAUGAUUAUCUAUGCUAUUCACCAGAAUCCUUGAUAGACUACAGACCCAUGUCCCCUAAUUCAUUUAUGGUGGUACAAACGAGAGCGUCCUCACCAGAAUCUGUAAUAUCAGUUAAUGAGUUCAGACCGCUGUCACCAGAUUCCCCUUUACCAGAAUUUAGAGUGGCAUUACCAGAAUGUGUAAAAUUCCUGAGAUCAACAUCAUCUUCACCUGAAACUUCAGCAUCAGAUAUAGAAUAUAUGCCAUGGCAUUUGGAGUUUGACCUUGAAGAAUGCAGACCAUCAUCUCCAGAGUCUGUACUGUCUGAGGGUCAGAAUGUGAAAUACAGGCCGUUAUCAUCUGAGUCGCUGCCUGAAUACAGACCCAUGUCUACUGAAUCAGCCAUGCGCAUGGCUGACAAAAGAGCUUCCUCCCCAGAAUCAAUGCCUGAGUUCGACGAGAACAGGUCACUGUCUCCAGACUCUCCCAUCCCUCAGUUUGCAGUAUCAUCGGAGGAGUACACCACUAUACCUGGAUCAUCAUCGCCUGAAUUACUGGACUCAGAUUCAGAGUGUGAGCUUCUGGUUUUAUCAUGGAGAGCUGCUGAUACGAACAGACCAUCCUCACCUGAAUCCAUAUCGUCUGCCAAUGAGUUCAGACAACUGUUGCCUGACUCCCCAGUACCUGAGUUCAUGAGGAUCUUGUCUUCUUAUUUCAUGGAUGCCACCCCCAUUGACAGAUCAUCUUCACCAGUGUCUUUAUCGUCAGACUCUGAGUUUAUAGCUCUACCUAUUGAUUGCUGGAUUGAUGAUAGCCCAAGACCUCUGAGUCCUGAAAGUGUUGAAUCAGAGAAGGAAUUUUGUUGCGACAGCACCGACAGGUUUGUCUCCAACUGGCCAAUGGCUGUAUCACCGAUGCUAAUUCAGACUAGUGAGAAAGGGCUUUAUGGUCCUGACCAGCAAAAAGUGAAAGAAUCACAAUCAGACAUUGUGUCAUACAAAGAAUGGAUUCAAUACAGAUCAGAGGCUGAAAGUUUUUCAGCUGUCCAAAGUACUGUUGGUGAGGAGGACUUGUCUGUGACGUCAGAAGAGAAGAACAUUAGUGCUGGAGAAGUAAAAAGCAAGACAGCCUCUCAAAGGGCUACUCCUGAGACACCAGAGGAAACACACUUUCAAACAGACGAUGAGAUGCAAAGAAAACUGUUGUCUGCUUCAACAGCAGCACAAGAUGAAAGCAAAAUAAGAGUCAAGAAAAAGACUUUGGUUCCCCUACAGCUACCUGAUCAGAACCCAUACACAACCCACAGAAGUGUUACUCCAUUUCUACCCACACAUGAGAGGACGUCAUGUGUAAUCUCAGACAGUGAGUUGUCACCAAAAGAAGCACAAUCCAGUGAGCUUUUUUCACCCAUGUCAACUCAGUUUUUGGUGCCACCAGAUUACGAGGCAGUGUUUUCAGGACAUCAGACCCUGAGAGUUUCUGAGUGUAGCCAAGCUUCCACCAGUGAUUUGAGCCCAGUGUCUCCAGUGUUCAGUGAGUCCGUCUCAGCCCAGGCUCAAGCUACCACUAAGAGAGUGUCGGAAACUGCUGAAGAUUUUGAGUUCUCCCCAGACUUCAAGAGAGUCCUUUCAGAAUUUGAGCAAACAGUCUCAGAAUUUGAAUCAGAUGAAUCAAAGCUAAGGAAACGCAGUGAGGCCUCUGAGUCCACUCAACACUCUGAUUCAGAUACAGAAUUCUAUGACUGCAGACAAGUCUUCUCUGACUUUUCUGAACCAGAGGACCUGAAACUGGGACAUGAGAUUACCUAUCACAUCUCUGAGCCCCCUUCCCCAAUACCUGGCAGUACUCCUGAUAUCGGCUUCCUAAAAGGGAGCCCCCAGUACUCUGGCCAACCUUUCCUUCGAGUCGAAGACGACAAGCGCUUCUCUUCUGGCAGUGAAAGUCUCAGUGAAUUUGCCUAUGAUUCCGAUGCUUCACGGGGCUAUCAAAUGAAGGGUGGUCUCCCCAUAUGUGAGGAGCUUCCUUCCAGAGAUCAGGCAGGGUAUUGUGAUGAUGACGACUUCUUUGGAAGGGUAAGAAGUUGAGCAUGAGCACAGUGCUGCAUUGGCUGGUGUUUUACCUGGUCCGGGCUGAUUGCUGCAUUCAAGACUGAGGAGAUUAAACCCAGUGUUUGCACUUUAUGGACUAAAUGAGACUGACAAGUGCUUUUGUGUGCAUGUCUGCCUCAAGUUUCGAGAAAAUAUCCAAAAUUUCCUAACUGACAAACCCUUUCACAUUGGUGCUGUGAUAUAUUUGCUAGGGAUGUCCUGAUCAAGUGUUUUUUGUUUUUGCUCACGAUCCAAUCUGAAUCAUAUCUGUAUAUUGUUUUCAUAGACAGUACGCUCUUUAAGCAUUGCAGACUAAAUGUAGUACCACAUCCCAGCUUACUGUAGCUACCCAUGGAUACAGAUACUUCCAUGUUUGUAAGCAGAGAGCAUUGAAGGAAUUGAGCUUGCAAAGGAGCACAGUGAAAAAGACUUACUGCCCUCUAGACAGCACAUAGGGUUAAAUACUUCCCUAGGAUGGUGUGAAAAAUUCUCAGUAGAAGGUCCAAUAGUUAUUUUUUUCAAGCAUUUAUGCAACAAAUGGAUGUAAACAAAAAAUCAGGCAUGACUUAAUGCUGAUACUAAUCAGUUAAAAGUUCCUGGAAUCAGCCCAGAUCCCGAUCGUAGGGUCGGGCUCGGGACAUCCCUAGUAUUUGCAGUUACUUUAUCUGAAUUGUUGGUGACAUUUAUGAGCUACUGUAAUGGAUUCUCUAACAUUUUUUGUUACAUCUGCACCCGUUUGCACCUUUUUGUUUUCUGCUUGUUGUUCCCAUCAGUGUGAGAAACAGCAUUUUGCAUAUUAACACCACACAGUUAUUUAUGAUAUAAAGGUUUUUACAACACAACAAUGGUAUUUAACAGUACAUGUACUCGUGUGCUGUUCUCAAACUAGGAAUGUUCCAAAAGAUAAGAAACAUAUAUACGGUGAUAUAUUUGAAGAAUAGUGGCCAGCUAGCAAAUUUCCAUACCAAAUUCAGUUAUUGGGUGUUUUUUUUUUUUUUAUUUAAAAAAGGCUAUUUUCUGUUAGACAAGGUCUAAUGUUUUUGAAAUGACUUUGUUUAUAAAUGUUGGAUUUAAACGUAAUAAUGUGUAGAAGAUUUCAUAUAGAGGAGUUGCACACUCACAACUUUUAAAUGCAUUAUUUAAAGUUUUUACAACACUGCAAAGUUUGCAGAAAUGUACAAAUAUGUGAGCAUUUGCAACCCCAAAAUCAGUUAAUUAGUGAUACUUUCUAUGGUACUCCACAGCUUUUGUUUCAACGUGCCAAAUAACUUUAGACUUACACCCCCUGUCAAAAGUAUUGAGACACAUUCUCAUGUAUUUGAAUGAGAAAGCGUCUCAAUACUUUUGACAGGGGGUGUAUAUAAAGUACCUAAUUAGCAUAAUUUCUGAGAACAUGGAAACCACAAUAAGAAGCAUUUAAAUAAGUCUUCAAAGCCAGAAAAUGUUGCUAUAUUUAUUCGAAUUAUGAUAGAAAAACUAUAAAACAUAUGACUUCCAUUGUAUUUCACUAUAUUUUUUUGGCGUUUUACAUCUUCCAUUCAAACCCUCCAUACUUCACACACUGGUUGUCUUCCUUGCAUGUUUGUUUCAGUUGAUUUUUUUAUUUUUUUAUUUUACAUUGUGCCUUCUCUUCAUCUCACAUUACUGAAAUAUACAAUUAGACUAUUUAAUUUGAAUCCCCUGAUUCACCCUUUUGGCAAGCCGACAUAAAAGUGAGGUUAAGAGAAAAGAAAGGCCAGCUGCUGCCUGCAGGAAUGUGCUGACCGUAACGCUGUACAGACCUGUUGACCAUGCUGGUUGUGUGCUGUCUCCCAGGAGAUAGCAGAGGAGCUAGGGAUGCUGUCCUCUGAUAGCUCAGAGGAGGAGGUGCUGACCACCAGGGUGGUCCGACGCAGAGUAAUCAUUCAGGUAAACAAGCAUGAUGCAGCAUUUGUGCACUGUGGAGAGA